AUGAGCAGCGUCCAAGACAAAGACCCGGAUGAGCAGUACUCAGUCCUUGAGGAGGAGGGUGGAGUCAGGUUCCUGGAUUUCGACGACCAGUCCCUCCGUCAUUUUGACCCGCUUGAUGAAGGACCCGUCAUCAUCUCCAUGCCCUUCCCCUUCACCCGUGGAAAGCCGCAGGCCACUCUUGUUGGGCAGACAGCCGCUGAUCUGUUGACGAUCAGAAACGCCACAGAAGACCCUGUGGAUCUGUGGAGUGUGAGGAUCUUCUCUUCAAACCCAAAAGAUUCAUUUCUGCUCUCGUUGAUGAGGCCCCCACAGGAGGAUUCAAAUGAAGAGGAGGUCCAGUCCUUUUUGGGUUCAACGUUUCUUGAGGACCGAGUCCUCCAGCCUGAUGAGACCCUUUCAGUUUGGUUGUCGUGUAGACCAGAAGGGAUUGGGAUGCACACUGCAGUCCUUCAUAUUGUUGCAGGCGAUGAGAAGUACGAGAGGGUGGCCUUUCUCUUGGCAGAUGAUCCUCUUUCCCAGACUUUGGCUUCCUGUAAGCCAUUCGCUAGAGCUCCAAGGAGGAAGAAAUUUGCUCUGGAUAGCUAUGUUCCUGCUUCUCAACCCUCCCGGCCCUUCAAACGGGAAUUCAGACGAAGGCUACCCCAAUAUCCAAUCCCCAGGGAUCUCCGUGCAAUGAUUGAGGAUAAGAAGGUUCCCAAUGUCAUCAGGGAAGGGCUGAACAACCGAAAUUACUCCAAUUUUUUCAGCUCUCUGCUCGUCGUGGAAGAAAUAUAUCUGGAGGUAAGGGAUGAAAGUGUGGCUUUCCAUGCCAUAUAUGCUCAUUCUUCUAAUUCUUCUUCUCCCAUAUCUUGGAAAUUGCGCUUUCUUUUUUGUAGGGGCAAAUGAGAGGCUAUGACAUGGAGUGUGUGGCCAUGAGAAGGAAGGGAAGCCAUCUCCUGACACUGGAGGUUCAUGGAUUGGCAGAAAGAAGGCCUUCACUUGUUUAUGGCGACUCUUUAUUUGUGAAACCUGCUUUCAAGGACCAUGGCGACGAUACUCGUCCUUAUCAGGUCCACAUGCAUGACUUUGGUGGUACUCUGUUGCAAACUGAUGGAUAACGCUCUUGAUCUUCCCCAAGUUGUCUUCUCAAUAUGUUCUUUAUUUCUGAGUGUACAUACUUCUGCAGGGUUUUAUCCACAAGGUCGAAGCUGAUGAGAUAUUAUUGAGCUUUGCGGUAGAAUUUCAUGAGCAGCAUCAUGAAGCCAAGCGUUAUGACGUUAGCUUUUCUUUUAAUCGUCUGUGUAUGAGGAGGCUCUACCAGGCUCUACAGAUGUCAGAACAAUUGGAUGCUGCGAUUCUCUUUCCCUCAAACCCCUCGAAAAGGAGGGUGAUCAGGACGAAUGCCUCUUUGGUUCCCUUGAACAAAACUCUGAAUCACGAGCAGCUGCAGUCAGUGGAAAAGAUCCUUGGAUGCCGAGGAGGUCCUCCCUACGUCAUAUAUGGCCCACCCGGCACAGGGAAGACAGUGACGCUGGUGGAAGCAAUCUUACAGAUCUGUCGGCGACAACCACAGGCCCGGAUUCUUGUGUGUGCCCCCUCAAACAGUGCAGCCGACCACAUAUUAGACAAAUUGAUUGGUGAAGGUGGAGCAGAGGUUGAAGGUGGUAAAAUAUCCCGGUUGAAUGCUGAGAGCCGGCAUUAUGAUGAUCUAAAGGCCGAUCAUAUCCAAUUUUGUUUCCUUGAUGGCAUGGUCUUCCAAUGCCCUCCUAUGGAGGUCUUACUGUGCUACACAAUUAUCGUAUCCACCUAUAUGAGUUCGUGUCUGCUCUAUGCACAGGGCGUGCGAAAGGGUCACUUCACCCAUAUAUUCUUGGACGAGGCUGGCCAGGCCUCCGAGCCCGAGACGAUGGUGCCGCUAACAGGCCUCUGCUCUCAGAAAACUGUCAUCAUUCUAGCCGGUGAUCCGAUGCAGCUGGGUCCGGUUGUUUGUUCGUCGGAUGCUGAUGGUUACGGACUGGGACGGUCAUAUUUGCAGAGGUUGUUUGACUUUGAGGUUUAUGAAAGUGAGGACCCUAACUAUUUGACAAAGUUGGUGAGGAACUAUAGGUCUCACCCGACCAUUCUGGAUAUCCCAUCAAGACUUUUCUACAAGGGAGAAUUGAUAGCUUGUAAGAAAGGGAACGCCUCAAUGUAUGAGCUGCUGGAUAUCCCCAAUAAACAGUUCCCUGUUCUUUUUGUGGGCAUUCAGGGGUGUGAUGAGAGGGAAGGGAGUAAUCCAUCCUGGUUCAACCGUACUGAGGUGAGCAAGGUGGUAGAGAUUGUCAGAAAGGUGAGGGCGGCCGUUGACCUGAUGGAGUCUGACAUAGGAGUGAUUACACCAUACCGUCAACAGGUGAUCAAGCUAAGAAAGGCCUUUGAAUCUCUAGAUGUGCCCGAUGUGAAGAUUGGGAGUGUUGAGGAAUUUCAGGGGCAGGAAAGGGAGGUCAUGAUUCUAUCUACUGUCAGGUCAACUGUGAAGUAUAAUGAGUUCGAUCGGGUGCACAACCUUGGAUUUCUUACGAAUCCUCGGCGGUUUAAUGUUGCCAUAACUCGUGCUAGAUCAUUGCUUGUCAUCGUCGGAAAUCCGCAUGUUAUAACCAAGGUAUAUGGAAAUACGUUCUUCUAUUAACUGGCACUCAAGUUCCUUAUCUGAAACCUUCCUUUUCCUGGAAUUUUCUUCAUCGUUGUUCUAUUUCUUAGAAUGUGAAGCUGAGCGUAAUGCUGUAUGUUUUUUUUUGGGAAUGCGAUUGCCUGCUUUCAUGAAGAUAUACCGCGAUGAACCUGUAUGUUCUUUUUGCCUCGCUUCUGAUCGGCAAUGAACAUUUACGUGCUGUCACUUUCCCGUGGGAUUCUUCUUUUGAACAUGGGUAUAGAUCAUAACACCGUCUGUUGAGAAUAAUUCUCCCUGAUUUCAUUUCUAAGGGCCUCAAUUUUUUGCGCCAUUUUGCAUAGUUCUUUCAUUGACUUCAUUUCAUUGUAAGUAUUGCGCAUUCAGUUAUCUGUUUUUCUCCCUGGACCGAAUGAUGUGAUCUUGCAAUUCUUUUCUUUUUUUGGGGUAAAAGAUCACAGAACCCUUUGUUGGGAUGAAGAUUCAGAGUAUGAACUGAAAUCUAAAUUUCUUUGAUCCAAGAGGAUUUAUAAAUGGUGUGUGAAUAUUGAAAAUCUGUCUAACAGUAUAUCAGUCUUUCUUCGCUCAUAAUUUAUGCGGUAAAGUUUCUUAUUGGCUCUGAAUGAUCAGAUUCACCAGUAGUUUGCUUAUCUGACCAUCGACCGAGUUCAUGGAAAUUUACAGAGUUGGUUUAGAGCUUGAGGCCUUUAGUGCAGAGCUUUGAUCCUUGUCCUUGCCUCAGAGAGAGCGAGAGAGAGAGAGAGAGAGAGAGAGAGCAUAUGUAAGAACUUAGAGACUUGAGGUUUGGUUAGACUCGAAAGGCUAUUUUGUCACAUCAGGAUUCUCAAUGGAUGAGGCCUAAAGUCUUGACACUUGUCAAUAAUUUUUUUGCUGAGGAAUUCUUUUUUGCCUCUGAAUAAUGUGGGGACACGCAGUGUAACAAGAUUUUUUCCUUCUUUUUAAUUAAGUUAUUAAAUCCAUGCGAUCAGAAAUAAAUAAUUGCAAGCUCUGCAGAGGUCUCCUGGCCUUGAUCGCUAUUGUUGGUUAUCUCCAUGGGCUUCUUUAUGUCCACUUUUUAUCGAUCUGAUUCCCUCUUUGUAUUUUUUCUUUUCUCAGGAUCUGUAUUGGGAUCAACUUCUGCGGUACUGUGCUGAUAACGGCUCCUAUCAAGGUUGCCCCCUCCCCGAACCAGAAAUGCCCAACCUUCCUCCUCAAGAUUCUCAGUCAAAGGUGGCCGAGUGGGACGAUCAGCUGCCAAGUCUGUACUCGGACGAGCAGCUACCAAGUCAGUACUCAAAUGAGGUUGAGUGGGACGAGCAGCUGCCAAGUCAGCACUCUAAGGAGGUCGAUUGGGACGAGCAGCUGCCAAAUCAGCACUCGAAGGAGGUCGAGUGGGAUGAGCACUUGCCAAGUCAGUACUCAAAGGAGGUCGAGUGGGAUAAGCAGCUGCCAAGUCAGCACUUGAAGGAGGCAGAGUGGAAUGAGUGGCUCUGUGGGGAAGACAGAAAUGGGGAUGGAUGGAAGGAAGCUCCUCCAAACCAGUUGGAGGAAAAGGAUGAACCCCUGAGGCACCGCCACAAUCAGGCCGGAUUUGGGUGCGAUGAUGGUGGACAACAGCCUGAGGGGAGUUGCUUAUAUGCCGCCAGCUGGAGACCCGUCUCCGGCAAGUCUCAGUCUGGCAGAAGGAAACCCAAGGAAGCUCUUCGGAACCAGUUGCCAGAGGAGGAUGAAUUCCCAAGUAGCCACCACGAUCAGGCCAGUUUUGGGUGUGGCAGUGGCGGCGGUGGUCGACAGUCUGAGGGGGAGUGCUCAUAUGCCGUCCACUGGAGACCCGUCUCUGCCAAGGCUCAGUCUCAGUCUGGCGGAAGGAAGCCAGAGGAAACUCUGCAGGACCAGUCGUUAGAGGAAGGUGAAUUCCCAAGGCACCGCCACAAUCAAGCCAGAUUUGGGUGUGGUGAUGGCGGCCAAGUUUCCGAGGGGCAGUGGUCAUAUGCCAGCCACCAGAGCCACUGGACACCCGUCUCCGCCAAGUCUUGGACUAGAAGAGGGAAGCCCAAGGAAGCUCUGCAAAGCCAGUCGCUGGAGGAGGAUGAACUCCUAAAGCACCGGCAGAAUCAGGCCGAAUUUGGGUGUGGUAAUGGAGGCCAACAGUGCGAGAGGAAUUGCCAAUAUGCUGGCCACUGGAGACCUGUCUCUGCCGAGUCUCAGUCUCAGUCUGGCGGAGAGAAGCCCGAGGAAGCUCUGCAGAACCAGUCGUCAGAGGAAGAUUGA